AUGGUGGAACCAGCUCAAAGGAAUAACCACAGAAAAGAAUACUGGCAUAAAGGAAACGGUUCAAUAACGGGAAAACUAACACGUAGCAACGAUCCUACAAUAUACAAGUCAAUAAUGAGGAAAUCAACACGAGUCAAGGUUGAGGUUGAAGAGCCAAGUGUUGUCGAGGUUGAAAAGAGUCCGGAAGAGUUGAAAGUGCAAAAAGAGAACCGGGAAGAGGUAAAGGAAAAAGUGAAAGAGGCACCAAAAGCUCUUCCACCUAUUCCCAGACCUCCUCCCCCAUUUCCUCAAAGACUCGCAAAAAAGAUUGAUGAUAGCAAACUUGAAAAGUUCUACGACAUCCUCAAGCAAUUAACGGUGAAUAUCCCUUUUGUGGAAGCCUUUCAAGAGAUGCCGGGGUUUGCUAAAUAUUUAAAAGAUUUGAUCACCAAAAAGAAGACCACAAAGAAUGAGGUAAUAAACAUGACUCACCGGGUUAGCUCUAUUAUUGCCACAACCAAAGUCCAAAAGAAAGAAGACCCGGGAGCUUUCACCAUCCGUUGCACCAUCGGGGCCCGUGAUUUUGCAAGAGCUUUAUGUGAUAAUGGGGCUAGCAUCAACUUAAUGCCUCUUGCCAUCUAUAAGCAAGCGGGGUUGGGUAUGCCAAGGCCCACUAGUAUGAGAUUGCAAAUGGCCGAUCGGUCAAUCAAACGCCCGGUGGGAAUUGUUCACGAUGUACUUGUAAAAGUGGGGAAGUUUCAUUUGCCCGCCGAUUUUGUAAUUCUUGAUUGUGCGGUUGACAAAGAAAUCCCUAUCAUUUUGGGGAGACCAUUCCUAGCCACGGGAAGGGCACUCAUGGAUUCGGAGCGGAAUGAAAUUAAAUUCCGGGUGAAUGAUGAAGAAGUCACAUUUCAAGCGAGCAAGGGUAUGAAAAUACCCCAUGAGUAUGAGAGCAUUUCAGUGAUAGAUGUUGUUGAUGAGGUAGAAGGUGCCGUAGAAUGA